UUAUGAUGGCGCUCUGACUCGAGAACGAGAGGCAAGCGGAGCGGAUACCUGCAGGAAUAAAGAAAGAAAGGGGAAAAAAAUAGUGGGAACGAUUUUUGCAUGUUCUCGAGGAAAUAAGAACAUCGACAGGGGUUUCGAUUGUCCAAGCCCACCUGCACCGAGGCGCUGUGCCCAGUCGCUUAGUGCCACCUGUUUCUUUCUGGUGGCAGUUCAGCGCUAUAUCUGCAAUCGCUAAGGUGCGAGGAAAGCCUGCCGGACUUCUCUGGAUUCUCACCGCUGUCUUUCGGAGCCUGCAGGGAAGUUUGGAUUUUUGGACUCACACGGACAAGCGGAGAUGUUCCCGGUGGGAUUUGUCUGCUGCAAGGUGAUCUCGUGAAAGAAAAUCAAAGGGAAAACAAUUAAGACAUGCUGUCCGUGGGGUACCCCUCACAGAACCUGGCCCGUGUGGUGGUCUGGGAGUGGCUCAACGAGCAUGGCAGGUGGCGACCCUACAGCGCUGCAGUGUGCCACCACAUCGAGAACGUCUUGAAAGGGGACCCGCGGGGCACUGUCGUCCUGGGGCAGGUGGACCCCCAGCUGGCUCCUUACAUCAUCGACCUGCAAUCCAUGCACCAGUUCCGACAGGACACAGGAACAAUGAGACCUGUACAAAGAAAUUUCUAUGACCCCUCAUCUGCCCCUGGGAAAGGUGUUGUAUGGGAGUGGGAAAAUGACACUGGCUCUUGGACACCCUACGACAUGGAAAUCUGUGUAACAAUUCAGAAUGCAUAUGAGAAGCAACAUCCUUGGCUUGACCUUACCUCUCUGGGCUUCUGCUACCUCAUUGACUUUAACAGCAUGGCGCAGACCAACCGUCAGAGCCAGCGUAAGAGGAGGUUGCGUAGGAGAAUGGACCUAGCCUACCCACUCACGAUGGGCUCUAUCCCAAAGUCACAAUCCUGGCCUGUUGGCCCCAGCUUGGGACAGCCCUGUUCUUGCCAGCAGUGCAUCUUGGUGAAUAGUACACGAGCUGCCUCCAAUGCUAUUUUGGCCUCCCAGCGCCGCAAAGUCUAUGCUGGCACCAAUGGGGCCUCUGGGACUCUGACUAUUGUGCGGCAGAGCAACACAUUUGCAGGCACAACCCUGUGGUCUGCUGCAUCUUCUGUCAGCGGCAGCUCAGCCAAACCAGAGCAAGUGCAGCCACCAGGAGCGCUCUCCACCUUCCCCAGGCUCCCACCUCCACCAGCACCUACUGCUGUCUCAGGCCAGAAUAAUUUAAACCGUCCAGGGACUCAGCGCACAGCAAUAGUCAGUACACGAGGCUCCAUUCCACCUGGGGUACCUGCACUUCCAGUGAAAAAUUUAACUGGAUCAGGACCGGUUCACCCAGCUUUGGCAGCAGGGAUGACUGGCAUACUGAUGUGUGCUGCUGGCCUCCCAGUGUGUCUGACUCGUGCCCCUAAACCUAUUCUGCACCCUCCACCUGUCAAUAAGAGUGACUUGAAGCCUGUGCCUGGGGUCAAUGGUAUUCGUCGCAAAAUGAAAAAGAAGCAGUUAAGGAAAGGAAAGAACCCAGAGGAUGUUGUGCGAAGAUACAUGGAGAAAGUCAAGGUUAUUCCUGAUGAGGACUGUACCAUCUGCAUGGAAAGACUAGCAACAGCAUCUGGCUAUGAUGGUGUUCUCGGCCACAAAGGGGUGAAACCCGAGUUGGUAGGCAAACUUGGCAAAUGUGGUCAUAUGUUCCACUUCUUGUGCCUGGUAGCCAUGUACAGUAAUGGAAACAAGGAUGGCAGUUUGCAGUGUCCUACUUGUAAAGCUAUCUAUGGGGAGAAGACGGGUACACAGCCACCAGGGAAGAUGGAGUUCCAUGUAAUUCCUCAUUGCCUGCCUGGCUAUCCUGAAUGUAAAACUAUUCGAAUUGUCUAUGAUAUUCCAACUGGCAUCCAGGGACCAGAGCACCCAAACCCAGGGAAGAAGUUUAGUGCUCGAGGAUUCCCUCGACAUUGCUACUUGCCAGAUAAUGAAAAAGGCAGAAAGGUCUUAAAACUUUUGAUUGUUGCGUGGGAUCGCCGGCUGAUUUUUACCAUUGGCACAUCUAACACGACAGGGGAGUCGGACACUGUGGUCUGGAAUGAAAUCCAUCACAAGACAGAGUUCGGCUCAAACCUGACUGGACACGGAUAUCCAGACCCCAACUAUCUGGACAAUGUGCUUACCGAACUGUCUGCCCAGGGAGUGACAGAAGAAAGUCUGAAGGACUGAGGGAGAAAUGGGAAUUCGUGUCACUUUAAAAUUUCUCACUGAAUGGGUUUUUUCCUAGAAUGAACCAAAUGGAGAACAAAUCUUUUAGUGACUUACUGAAGAAAUCAAAUUUUAAAAAUGCUUUAGUGCAUUGGGCACAAAUCACUGUGCCAAAAAGUAGCAGAGACAAGUCAGUGGUGUCAGAUGGAAAAAGAACUGCACCAGUAAUGGUUUAAUGAUAGAUGGGGAUGCUGUUUAAGACUUCGGUUUCUGUUCAGGCAGCUUCACAAAAUGCAGUCAGAAGGGAGUCAACAAAAUUUAAGUUUGCCUAUGUAGAGAUGCCUGUUACAAAAACUUGAGCACCUCAGUAUGAAAACCGCAAUCCGUGCCGGUCAUGAUGCAGUCACUUCUAAAAAUGUUUAUACUUGAGUGGUUCUUCUUAGGCAGCUGUAUUGCGGAUGAAAUAGGCAUUCCUGACCGACUGUUUGGUAAUGGAAACUGACCAUUACCUACAAUAUAUGAUUGUCUGAUAGGACUUAAGUGGGCACUUCCCUGCUUUCAUCCUCUGCUUAUGCCAUAAUUGAUGUACAUUUUCUAUGAUUUAGUUAAACUUAAAAGUACAUUCAGGUGUAGUACAUUCAGCUAUAGUUUUAUAACUUAUUUUCUUUACAGCUGGCUUGUGCUCAAAGGCAACUGUUGCCGUUUUGGGUUUCUUGUGACCCUAAAUAGAUUAGGAGGAAAAGAUAAUAUAAGGAUCUUGAGGUUUAUUUAUGUUAAAGUGAUAAGCAGAGCUUAAAGCCUGAAAACUUAUUUGCACCAGCGGUAUAGAGCGGUGUACCACAGUGGUUGACUUUCAGUGGCAGAAAAUUCUUUGUCCAACCCUACUUUUUAAGUCAACAGAGAAGGAGGAAAAAAUGCAGCAUACUGUAAAACCUAACAAUAUUGGAGGUGGUUUCUUCCUCUGCUCAAGACUUUUUUUUUUUUAAAUAAAAUGUAUAAAUAUACAUUUAUGACUUAAUUCAGAUUUGAAUGCAACCAGUCAGAAAGUUCAUGCCUGUUUUUAGAGAGUUCAUCUAAAUUGACCUUGAAUGUUGCCUGUUACACUGACUGUACAGAAGCAGUGUCAACACAUUAGCCUUUUUCUUUUGAAGACACUCUGCCAGGCUGAGGUCUUCUCUGACCUAUGGUGGUGCUGAAAUCAUCAAACAUGCACUUGGGUUUAUAAACAAAAGACUUGAUUAUUGAAAUACUGCAAUGCAUACUACAACAAGACUUCACCUUCAAAACUCUUUUAAGUGGACCUAGAAUGCUGUUUCCCCAAGUUGUUUUGUUGUAUUUGCAACCACAUCCUUGUUGCAUUGAUCCUUUUGAUCCUCCACAGCCUACACUUGUUUUUUAAUAAGGCGUGUAAUCACUUGAACACUUUCCUUGUUGCACAAACAGACUUUAAUGGCAUGGUUUCCUUAAAUCUAUCCUCCAUUCCACACAUACCUAUUAAUUUGGCAAGAAGAUACUAAGCAGGUAGACUUAAAAAGAAAUCUCCAUUCUGUGAAGGGUAAGCUCCUUUCCACUUUGGAAAUGAUUGCUGGGGAACAUGCCCCUUUUCCUUACAACAACAACAUUUAUUUAUAUAGCACAUUUUCAUACAAAAAAAAUGUAGCUCAAAGUGCUUUAAAAAAUGAAGAA